CUAUCUUCUUCUUCAUCACUGACCAAAAACACACACGAUUUCAUGGGCAACGCUGAUUUUGUGUACCCUUCCACGAGUGACCAUCAGCAACAAUGCACUCAUCGAGUGGCGAUUCCUCCGGCGCAGCCAUUUUUCACGUCGCUCAAGAACUCGCUCAAGGAGACUUUUUUCCCGGAUGACCCACUCAGACAAUUCAAGAACAAAACACCCUCCAAGAAAUUUAUUCUCGGCCUGCAAUAUCUUUUUCCCAUUCUCGAGUGGGCUCCUCGUUACAGCUUGCAGUUCUUGAAAUCUGAUCUCAUCUCCGGGAUCACCAUCGCCAGCCUUGCAAUCCCUCAGGGUAUAAGCUAUGCUAAGCUUGCUAACUUGCCUCCCAUUCUCGGCCUCUAUUCAAGCUUUAUUCCACCACUGGUUUAUGCGAUGAUGGGGAGCUCAAGAGAUUUAGCAGUAGGGACUGUUGCUGUUGCAUCACUUCUCACUGCUUCCAUGUUGGGGAAGGAAGUGAAUGCAGCUGAGCAUCCCACGCUUUACCUUCACCUCGCUUUCACUGCAACCUUUUUUGCCGGACUACUGCAAGCUUCAUUAGGCCUUUUACGUCUAGGGUUUAUUGUGGAUUUUCUUUCACAUGCGACGAUAGUAGGGUUCAUGGCAGGGGCAGCCACUGUUGUGAUAUUGCAGCAGCUAAAGGGAAUCCUAGGACUUGAUCACUUUACUAAAUCUACCGACAUUAUCUCCGUUUUGCACUCUGUCUUCAGUCAAACUCAUGAGUGGAGUUGGGAGAGUGGUGUUUUGGGAGUUGGUUUCCUUUUCUUCCUCCUCGUCACCAGAUAUUUCAGCAAGAGACGACCCAAAUUCUUUUGGAUAUCAGCAAUGGCGCCUUUGACAUCAGUCAUCCUCGGAAGUCUUCUCGUUUAUCUUACGCAUGCCGAGAAACACGGUGUUCAAAUUAUAGGAAACCUGAAGAAAGGGUUGAAUCCACUGUCUUUUGGGGAUUUGGUGUUUACGACUCCGUAUAUGACCACGGCUCUGAAAACUGGCAUGGUCACCGGCAUCAUUGCUCUUGCCGAAGGAAUAGCUGUGGGGAGAAGCUUUGCAAUGUUCAAGCACUACAAUAUUGAUGGAAACAAAGAAAUGAUAGCCAUCGGUUCCAUGAACAUCGUUGGUUCUUGUUUUUCUUGCUAUCUCACUACUGGGCCAUUUUCACGAUCCGCUGUUAAUUUCAACGCCGGAUGCAAAACGGCGAUGUCCAACGUUAUCAUGGCCGUUGCAGUUAUGUUCACGUUGCUGUUCUUGACACCAUUGUUCCAUUACACUCCCCUCGUAGUGUUGUCCGCGAUCAUAAUUUCCGCCAUGCUCGGCCUCGUCGAUUACGAUGCCGCCAUUCAUCUCUGGAACGUCGAUAAAUUCGAUUUCCUCGUGUGCAUCAGUGCAUAUAUCGGCGUCAUUUUCGCAAGCGUCGAGGUCGGCUUAGUCAUCGCGGUUGCAAUUUCUGUGCUGAGGCUGCUGCUAUUUGUCGCAAGGCCGAGGACUUUUAUUCUGGGAAACCUCCCGAACUCAACCAUCUACAGAAACGUCGAGCAAUAUCCGAAUGCGAAUAACGUUCACGGUGUUCUCAUACUCGAGAUAGAUGCUCCAAUUUACUUUGCCAACUCAAGUUACUUAAGAGAAAGGAUAACAAGGUGGAUCGAUGAAGAAGAAGACAAGCUGAAAUCAACAGGGAAAACCAGCUUACAGUAUGUCAUACUCGACAUGACAGCUGUUGGUAACAUUGACACCAGUGGAAUAAGUAUGCUUGAAGAGGUCAAGAAAACUACUGACAGAAGGGAGAUCAAGCUUGUAUUGGCCAACCCUGGGGCCGAAGUGAUGAAGAAGCUUAAUAAGUCGAAGUUCCUGGAAAAUAUAGGUCAGGAAUGGGUCUAUUUGACGGUCGGUGAAGCGGUCAAUGCCUGCAAUUACAAGCUUCAUACAUGCAAACCGGCGGAAUCGCAACCAUGGAACAAUGUCUAAGCUUAACUAGUACCUUUAUGCAACUGAGAAUCAGGGUGCAUAGCCUGUUUAGGCUGAAUCAACAGGGAAUUAACCAUAUUAAAAGCCUAGAUUUUUGUUUCUCUUUUUAACAAUUUGCAAAUUGUACGAUGAUGCAUUUCAUGGUGAUAGAACUUUUAACAAG